AUGGGAGGGAUACGUUCCGGCGAACUGCGACCUUUCCGUGACCUGCGUUACCUCUCACUGAAGGACAGCGCGAUCUCUGUGAUACAAAAACGUGGGUUCUUUGGCCUGAACAAGCUCCGAGUGCUAGACCUCACCAGGAACUUUCUUGUCAGCAUCGAGGAAAUACUCGGAGACGUUCGAGCGUUGGAAGUGCUUCACCUGCAGUAUAACCGACUCCGCAAUGUGGAAACCGCAUUUCAUAAAACCACCAACCUAACCUGGCUUAACCUGAAGAACAACAGGAUCAGCACCAUCAAAAUGGCCUUCAGGAAUCUGACCAAGCUAGAGACGUUGUAUCUUCGUUAUAACAACAUUACCGACCUGGGGACAGCAUUCGCCAACCAGAAGAUGCUGAAAAUCUUAGAUUUGGGACACAACCAGAUUAGGGCCAUCAAUGCUGGAGCCUUUGCAGCAUUAGAACAGCUACAGCAGCUGUUUCUGAACAACAAUGAACUGAGGGUGGUUCAUAACCGGGCGUUCACAGCACUGAAGCAGCUUUGGCGGCUGGAUCUUAGUAAUAACCGAAUUGUACGAGUAAACGGUCUUUUCCGAGCAAACCAGAAACUUCAGGAGUUGGACCUGGGGAAUAAUUUCAUCCGCAUCGCAACAAAAGCGUUUCAGGGACUCCACAAACUUGUUGACCUUAACCUUCGGAACAACCAAAUCCGGACAAUCCAUGGCGCGUUCAGCGAUCUGGACAGCAUGGAAUCUCUGGAUCUCAGCAGCAACCAGAUCACGGAGAUCCAAGGAUCCCUCAACUACUUGAUCAACUUAAAGGAGCUUCUUCUAGCCAACAACUUUCUGUGGACCUUAGGCCGUCAGUUUCGGGGGUUGAACCGGCUGGAAUACCUCGACCUUCAGAGUAACCAGAUCCAGCAUCUCGGUGACGCGUUCCGCGACCUUGAGAAUCUAAAAUGGCUGGUCCUUCGGGACAACAAGAUCCGGUCCACGGUGUCGGCCUUCCAGAGCCUGAGAGAUCUCGUGCACCUGGAUCUGAGCCACAACAGCAUCGCCCACCUCAACUACAGCCUGCAUCACAACAAGAAAGUCGAGCUGCUGGAUCUCAGCCACAACCGGAUACAGUUCGUGUCCUGGGAGCUGAGCUACAUGGUACAGCUCAAGUUCCUCUACCUGCACAACAACUACCUAACCUUCAUCAGGAACGGGUUUCACAGUCUCUCCAAGCUGAAAACUCUCACCCUGGCUCAGAAUUGGAUCUAUUCCAUCGAGGACGUGUUUCGGGACCAGCAGCAGCUUGAGUCUCUCGACUUGAGCCACAACAAAGUUGGGAACAUCCAGAACUCGCUCGACAGAUUACCCAAGCUACGCUGGCUGGACCUGGGAAACAAUCGCAUCAGCGUGAUCUCGAAAGCCUUCUCCAAGCUAGUCGAUCUGGAAACUCUUAGUCUGGACCACAACAGGAUUGUCAUGGCCAUCGAUGCCUUCACAUACAACAGGAAACUCCGCCGACUGGACCUCAGUCACAACCCGCUAGUUUCCAUCAUCAGGCUGUUCACAGAGCUGGGAGAGCUGAGGGAGCUCCACCUUGAACACAACUCCAUCCUGACUAUAAACAACACAUUAACAGGGCUGCAGAACCUGCAGUGGUUGUACCUACAAAACAAUAGGCUGUCAACUCUAGCCAGGGAACUGAGGAAAGUUCCCAAACUACAAGGCUUGGACAUAUCAAAUAACAACAUCUCAUCUCUGGACAGAGAGUUUUCGAGCACUCCAUCCAUAGUAUCCCUGUAUGCAGGGCACAAUGCUAUUGUUGACAUCACCAGAGCUUUCUCCAAAAUGCAGCAAUUAAAGGAAAUCAACCUGCAACACAACAGAAUCACCAACGUCAAGGGAGCCUUUAAGAGGAUUAGUAUGGUUGAGAGGUUAGAUCUUAGUCAUAACAACAUCAGUAAUGUUGAUGACAGCUUUGAUGAACUGCUAGAGCUAAAAAAUUUAAACUUAAGCAGCAACAAAAUCAAAAGUGUGAAAUACGCACUGGAUCAAAAUACACUCCUACAACGACUGGACCUCAGUCACAACAACAUUGCUACAAUCCAUUCUUCUUUCACCAACUUAGAGUUGCUCAAGGAACUGUACUUACAACACAACAACAUUGAGUACCUCGACAAAGGCAUAUACAGGAACAAAGAGCUUCAGAUCAUUGAUCUAAGUCACAACAACAUCAGCGACAUCAAGUCAGUUUUCAAACAUCACCCAAAGUUACGAGAGCUCUACCUCCAACACAACACCAUACAGAACAUCGGCAAUGCCUUUCUUGAUGACAACAUGAUCUGGAGACUAAACCUGAGCUACAACCACAUUGACAGUAUCGGUUGGACCUUCCGCGACUUUCCACAACUCUCCGAACUCUACCUCAGCUACAAUGUGUUAGACACAGUGGAAGGAGCUUUUGGACUGUUCAGCAAGAUUUCCGUCCUAUAUCUUGACCACAACCUUAUCGGCCCCAGUGUGAGUGAACUCUACGUGGAACUAAAAGAGCUGACAAAGUUGGACAUGCGCGACAACCGUCUGACAACCAUGAGCUACCAGAUCCAGCACUACGGGAAGUUCAACAAGACCUGGCUGGGCGACAACAUCUGGCACUGCGACUGUAACAUGGUGUUCUUCCGCGAGUGGCUGUUGCUAAGAUAUGACCGAGAAGAGAUCGACGUGCAGUGUUCAACGCCACUCAGGCUACGCGGGAUGAACCUCUGGGACGUCCCGCGGAUAUUUCUUGGUGAGGAACCUCCCGUAGUUUCUAUCUACCCUGGGGAUUAUUUUGUCGGGAGUGGUUACAGCGUAGUCUACAAGUGCGAAGCGGAAGGCUGCCCGGCUCCGCAACUGGAGUGGACCAAUCAGGACGGGAUCGUGCUUAAUGACGAGGAUGACAGUUCGCGAGUUCGAGUAGGGUUAGGUGCGGAUGGAGCCAUGUACCUACAGAUCAGGCCGACAAUAGUGUGGGACACAGGAAACUAUACAUGUACUGCUACUAGUAAUGGUGGCAAUUCAACAGGAACUGUCUUUCUAAGUGUGACACCAUAG